UUCCUAUUGCCCACCCAAAUUCCGUUUUUUUUUUUUCUUGCUCGUAGGCACUCACUAUUAACACCAAGCAAUGUUGACAAAUGCACUGAGGACACUUGCGCCUCGGGUCCGCACCGCCGGCCUGCGCACAUCGAGACUGCUGUCGACCACGACGCGCACUCGCUAUGCAGCCGAGCCGGUGGCCAACCACAACAAGCCCACUGAAGCGCUGGACUCAAACACGAUGCCGAUCUACCUGGACGCACAGGCAACGACGCCGCUGGACCCGCGCGUGCUGGAUGCCAUGAUGCCGUAUAUGACCGAGGAGUACGGCAACCCGCACUCGCGCACGCACAAGUACGGAUGGGAGACUGAGCAUGCGGUGGACACAGCGCGCGAGCAGGUGGCUAAUCUGAUCGGAGCCCACCCCAAAGAAAUCAUCUUCACGUCGGGAGCCACGGAGGCGAACAACACGGCGAUCAAGGGCGUGGCGCGGUUCUACAAGGGCAAGAAGAACCACGUCAUUACCAGCCAGACCGAGCACAAGUGCGUGCUGGACUCGUGCCGCGUGCUGCAGGAGGAGGGCAUCGAGGUGACGUAUCUGCCGGUCGACAAGGGCGGACGCAUUGAUCUGGAUCAGCUGAAGCGCGAGAUCCGGCCCACCACAUCGCUGGUCUCGAUCAUGGCCGUCAACAACGAGAUCGGCGUGGUCCAGGACAUCAAGGAGAUCGGCCGCCUGUGCCGCGAGCGCCGCGUGUUCUUCCACACCGACGCCGCGCAGGCUGCUGGCAAGAUCCCGCUGGACGUCAACGAGAUGAACAUCGACCUGAUGAGCAUCUCGGGCCACAAGCUCUACGGCCCCAAGGGCGUCGGCGCUAUGUUUGUGCGUCGCCGCCCGCGCGUGCGGCUCGAGCCAAUCAUGACCGGCGGUGGUCAGGAGCGCGGGCUGCGCAGCGGCACGGUUCCGUCGCCGCUAGUGGUCGGCAUGGGUGCUGCUGCUGCCCUGGCUCAGCGCGAGGCUGCGUAUGACUACGCCCACAUCUCCAGCCUCGCCUGCCGCCUCAUCGACGGCAUCCAGUCGCGUGUUUCGCACGUGGUGCGCAAUGGCAACCCCAACCACAUGUACCCGGGCUGCGUCAACCUGUCCUUCUCCUUCGUUGAGGGCGAGUCGCUGCUGAUGGCACUCAAGAACGUUGCCCUGUCGUCUGGCUCUGCCUGCACGUCGGCGUCGCUCGAGCCGUCCUAUGUGCUGCGUGCUCUGGGCGCCGAGGACGACAUGGCCCACUCGUCCAUUCGCUUUGGCCUCGGCCGCUUCACCACCGAGAGCGAGGUUGACUAUGUCGUGCAGAACGUCGCUGCUCACGUCGAGCGUCUGCGCGAGAUGAGCCCGCUGUGGGAGAUGUUCCAGGAGGGCAUCGACCUGAAGAGCAUCGAGUGGUCGCAGCACUAAAUGACUAGUUCGUCCACUGCCACAUAAAAAUAUAUUCCAAAUCUCCUAUAUGCGCAGUCGGAUCUUUUGCUCCAGCACACCGCAAGUCUCGCUGAGUCGCCGGCUGGAUGUCUUGGCCCACAUGUCUGCCCACUCGCUGAGGUCGCGCGCUGGCAGCGGAACCCCGUUGAUUUCCAUCGCCAGCACCACGCAUGCUGCCCCGAGUCUCCGCGAUGACCCCGAAUCGUCCAGCAGCCCGGCCCUGACUGCAUCGCUAGCCAUACGCCAUGCCGUGCGUGCCACAUUCUUGACUUGCACACCAAUACGUUC